UAGCGUGGAUGCUGUUAUGAAAUGACAGAAAAAAGAAAAGGCCCAAUCAUCCCAGCGCAGAGCUCGAGCCCGCAGCCUGCCCCCUCUCGGUGGCAACCAAAUCCGGCGGGCGUGCAGCGGAUCUCCAUCCGGUCGGCGUGGAUCGGAUCUCCGGCGGUGCUUCCGGCGGUGCUUCUCGCCUCCACGGCGGUUAGUGGCGGUGGGCGGACCGCGUCGCCGCAGCAGCGGUCAGCGGCGGCUAGCCUAGCUGCGGUGGCUUGAGGCGGCUCUCGGACGGGUGCCUCCGGUAACCACCGGCGCCAGCCGUCACCAACCUGCUCCUCCUAGCGGAGCGCUCAGGAAAAGCGGUGGGACGGAGGGAGUGAAGAGGAGAUGACUAGCCUGUCGAUCACAGUGAUGACGCUGAACCUGCAUGAAGGCGAGCAGCCGAGCGAGAGUCCCAACAGCUGGGAGAAGCGCCGGGACAUCUGCGUCAGCGUCAUCACCAGCUACUCUCCCACCAUCCUGUGCACCCAGCAAGGCUUAAGAUGGCAACUGGACUACCUACAACAAUGCUUGCCGGGUUAUGAACAGUUUGGAAUCUCUAGAAAAGGCUCACAGGACAACACUGAUGAAUACUGCACAAUAUUCUAUGAAAAGGAGAAGGUGGAGCUUACUGAAGGUGGCACUUUUUGGUUGUCGGAAUCACCAUCAGUUCCAGGAAGCAUUUCAUGGGGAGCAAACGCACCCUGCAUCGCAACAUGGGCAACGUUUCAACUCAAAAGACUAGAACCACCUGGAUUCAGUUUCCAGAUCGUAAAUACAAAUCUUGAUGAAGUUAGCCCUCGUGCUCGACGAAGAAGUGCUUUACUUACAUGGCAACAUAUAGCGUCGCUGCCACCCAAUUUGCCUGUUAUCUAUUGUGGAGGCUUCAAUACGCAGAAGGAAUCUAUGACUGGGCGGUUUUUGCUUGGCAGAUCCAGAGAACAUGGUGUUGUUGGUGAUAUGAGAGAUGCUUGGCCAAAUGCUCGAGUGCGAAAAAAUGUUUCACUAAUACACACAUAUCAUGGAUUUAAAGGGGAGAAACAAGGUGCACUAGAAUUUCUUAAAUUAAUAUUUAGAGCUCUUUGCCUCUGCUGGGAUCGACAGACACAGGACUUGCAUAUUGACUGGAUCCUAUUUAGAGGACGCCCACUGGUUCCUGCACUUUGUGAGGUCAUAAAUGACAAUAUAGAUGGUGUUUAUCCAUCGUCGCACUUCCCUAUCUUUGCUGAGUUUUUGCUUCCACGCUCAGUCCGCCUAGCCGAGACAACUUCAUAGCCAUUGUGUCAAUUUUUUGUUAUAUUUUUUCCAAAUCUUAUUUUCAUUAGGGUUGAUUGUUUUUUUCGACCACUUCACCAUGAUCUUGCGGUAACCACCCUUUACCACCAUUGCUGGGUUUCUUUUUGUCACCCUAUUCCGCAAAACAAAGACAAUACACAUGUGCAUCCUUUGUAUGUAUGUUUCCUGUCAGUAGUCCCUAUCAUGUGUUGCCUCAGCUUUGCUAUCUUCUUCUUUUUAAAGUUCACCUUUUCCUUAUGCCGUUGAUUUUCAUGUAUAUAUACUGUAUCUUUGCAUGCUAACAAUUGUGAGAGUUCGAGUAAAUCCGGAUGUAAUAAAAAUUUCAAGCUUCCCUUUUUUUCACAUUCUUA